AUGAUUUUCAAACAUGUAGGCGAAGCAUCGUCAUCUGCUACAAACAGAAUCAAGAACGAGAUCAAGUUCGAGCAUGUCAACGCAAAGCGUGCUGCUAAGCAAGAAGCGAGUGGCGAUAUAGCAGUUUGCUCAUCAUGUGGUCAAUCUGGACACGGCCGUUCUUCCAACAAAGCAUGCCCAAAUUACCGUCCCAAGCGGAUUCAUGCCAGUGAACUCGAGCGAACAUCGAUCAUCAAGACGUCCCUCAAGAAUAUAUGCAAAUGUCCACGUUUUAUUGGUGCCGUACAGCGAGCUGCUGAACAUGUUCUGCCAUUCAAACGACCCACCAGAAACCCGAAUACCGAUGACAGCAAGAAAUCGGCGUCCAGUAGCAAGUAG